AUGGAUCCAAAGGCAUGGCCUACUCAUCUUGAUCUGGACGAAUUGCCGCCUGAGCAUCUGGCCGAACUAAUUAAUUAUAAUCAAUCUGAUUUCUUUUUGCCUCACCAACACAAUUACAACCCUGAACUGUCUGUUCCUCCUCCACCCUACUGCUUCACAGCGCACCGAUGCACACAUAAUAUGCAACGCAAACACUGCCAAGCAGAUAUCGCCUACUAUAAUCAAGGAACCUUUGGAGCAUUAAGCAGCUUGCACUGCGAUUUUUGUAUUACUCGGCAGGCAGAUUUUUACCAGUCUGGACAUGGUUUGGCCACCGAGCCAAUGACCCGCGAGCGAUUCGCUUCAAAUAUCUCCGAGUUGGAGGGCGGUUUUCAUGUAACUUCUAAUGAGAAAUUGCCGCCAAGUGCUUUAGCUCUCGCCUCUAGAUCAAUUCUUCAUGACAUCGCUGGCGACGUUGCUGUCAAGCCGGCAAGUGGGCUAUCCUCCAACUCUGACGCGAGUUUCUACUCUGUAUCGCUAGGUCUGGUGCCGCAUCUUCUACCACUUGAUCUGGGUUGUCUUCCCGGCAGCAUACAUCGUCCUGAAGUUGAUUUAUCCGGCUACUCGACCGAUGAAAUUGAUUCUGGCGAACUACUUAUCCCUUCCCUUAAUUCCUGUCCGGAAGUUAGAUUAUCUUCGUCCACCUCUUCAGUUGAUUUUUCCGGGAGCCGGGGGGUAACAUCCUCCACCACAACUAUGGACAUUCCUUCAGCUACCCAACAAAUCACGGCCAUUCUUCGUGCAUUGAUAAUGGGCAUUAUGUCCGAGCCUACCUGGAUCAAAGCAGCCGCUGCCCGCCACAAAGCGUCUCAGCUUCGAGAUGCGGCUUUCAGCAUAUCCCCAUUUGGUGUUUAUAUUUCACCAGGUGCCAUUAUUUAA